GAAUCAGUGAAUCGCCACUACUAUCGGCCUGACCACAACGAUAUGGCAACCCUUUCUACUCCGCCGACCCCUAGCCGCUCCGGCAGCGCCGCUGGCGGUGCUCCGCCGAAGAGGCAAGGCGUUUCCGUCCUCGAAUCGAUUAAUACUUUCGUGAUCAGGGUGAAGAAGAAGCUCGCGAUGAGGAGCGGCUUAUCUAAGCUGCGGCUCAGGAAGCCGAAGAAUUUUCCGGCGAGGAUGAGCACCAAAUCCGUCAACCGCCGGAAGAAGGCGAGGGAUGACGCUGAUAAGGAAGCUCAAGAUCCCGGCGAAGGCGGGCUGUGGCGGAGGGAGAUUUUGAUGGGCGACAGAUGCCAGCCGUUGGAUUUCCCGGGCGUGAUUUACUACGACUGCAAUGGGAAGCGACUUCCCGAUCUGCCGAUGAGAUCGCCUCGAGCCAGUCCUUUGCCAGGUUUUCUUCUAAAGUCUGCCAAAGUAUAAUAGAGACAGAGACGGAAGUUGAUGUAUAGUGUCGCCGGCUGGUCAUCUUCCCGGCGGCCAGUAGUUGCAAUGGUUCUAGAUUUUAGUCUUUCAGGUUCUUUUUCUAGGAUUUUUUUACUUUUGGGCCGGUCUAGAUCUUUGAUUUAACGAUUUAUGCUACUUUUUGUGUUAUUUAUGUGGUCAUUAUUUAUGGCGUGUGCACAUAAUUUAUUGUGUGUACAAUAAUAAAAUACUUCAAAUUUUCAAAUUUUGAAGGAAGUGAGCUAAAUUUCUCGAACUUUAUAUAAGAAAUUAU